AUGGCAGAGGGGAUCCAUCUUGAUCGAGCACAUUUCUGCUGCUCAAUCUGUCUGGAUUUGCUGAAGGACCCGGUGACUUUUUCCUGUGGACACAACUAUUGCAUGGUGUGUAUCACGGACCACUUAGAUACUCAGGAUGAUGGAAUGAUCUACACCUGUCCUCAGUGCCGGCAGAAAUUCAUGCAAAGACCUGCCUUGGUAAAAAACAACAUGUUGGCGUUUGUGGUUGGGGAGCUGAUGAAGAUUGAAACCCCAACUCCUCCUCCUCCUUCUCCUGAUGAUCACAGCUCUGAUCAAACUGAACAUGUGGCCUGUGAUUUCUGUGAAGAGAAAGCUAUCAAGUCCUGUCUGCAAUGCAUGGUUUCUUAUUGCGUGGAACACCUCCGCCCACACUUUGAAGUAGCCCCCUUACAGAAACACAAGCUAGUGGAAGCGUCCGCACAGCUCCAGGAGAACAUCUGCCCUCGUCAUCAAGAAGUGAUGAAGCUGUUCUGCCGUACGGAUCAGCAGUGCAUCUGCUAUCUCUGUUCGAAAGAUACUCACAAAGGCCACAAUAAAGUCUCGACUGCAGCAGAAAGGGUGGAGAAGCAGAGAGAGCUUCAGGUGACUCUGCAAAACAUCCGUAAGACGAUCCAGGACAAACAGAAAGACGCAAAGUGGUUUCAACAGGAGGAAGACACCAUUAAUCGAUGCGCUGAAGCUGCUCUGAGAAACAACGAGAACACCUACAAAGAACUGAUGCAUAUCAUUGAGAAAAGUGUCGCAGAAGUGAAGGAGAAGGUUACAUCUCGACAGGAAACCGAAGUCAGGUGGUACAAAAAGGUUCGGGAGAAGCUGGAGCAGGACGUCGCCGAGCUGAAGAGGAAAGACGAAGAGCUGAAGAAGUUCUCACACACAGAGGAUCACACUGGUUUUCUGAUCAAGUACCCAACGUUGGUAAGUCUCAGUGAAUCCACAGACCCGCCCCCCGUCAAAGCCCAUCGCGUGGGGUACUUCGAGAAAGUUUCAAUGGCUCUGUCCGAGGCCAAGGUGAACUUACAUGCGAUUGUUGGGGAAGAAUACGCAAAGGUCUCCAUGACAGUAACUGGGGUUAUAGCAUCAAAUACUAAAGAAGAGCCCAUCACCAGAGCCGACUUCUUACACUAUGUAUGCCAAGUAACUCUGGAUCCAAACACGGCCAACACACAUCUGAAGAUAUCCGGGAACGAAAAAAUGGUAACCUUCGUCAGUGAUGAACAGAAGUAUCCUCUUCAUCCGGAGAGGUUUGUUUAUAGCUGGCAGCUCCUGAGUAAAGACAGUCUGGACGGUCGCAGUUACUGGGAGGUGGAGUUGAGCGGGACAGCAGCUUUUGUAGCAGUCGCAUACAAAGACAUUAGUAGAUUAGGGGGCUUCACUGAAAGCAUGUUUGGGUACAACGACAAGUCUUGGGCGUUGGAUUGUUACAAAAACACCUGCACGUUCAGGCAUGACAACGUUAGAACUCGCAUCCCGGGCAUGUGGUCGUCCAGAGUGGGAGUUUACCUGGAUCCUGACGCAGGAGUCCUGUCCUUCUACAGCGUCUCUGAAACCAGGACCCUCGUCCACAGAGUCCAGACUAAAUUCACUCAGCCGCUCUACGCCGGACUCUGGCUUUCAGACGGAGUGUCUGCCGAGGUGUGUCGGAUCAGGUAGACGGGAGGUAUUGAAAAGAGAAGAUAUGGUGU